AUGGAGCCAUACGAAGAACCACCACUACACGACCACAGGGAUGAUCCCAGAGUCCUCCGAGAAAGGGCCAAACCGCCCCCCAGAGAGAGAAAACCGGUUUGCACGCUCCAUCAUCCGCGAAUCCUAUGCCUUCACGGAGGAGGCACCAAUGCUCUCAUCUUCAAGGCCCAAAUGGCUCGACUUACUAAGAAACUGUCGCCUCAUUUUCGCCUCGUCUUUGCCAAUGCCCCUUUCGAAUCCCCUCCGAUCUCUCCGCUCCUGGCCAAGGUGUACAACGAGCAAGAGUUCGGAACAUACCGUCGCUGGCUGCGCUUCAAGGAAGAACAUCCCGAUGUUGAUGCUGCAGAUGCCGUCAGACAGAUUGAUGCAUCUUUGAAGGAGGCUAUCGACAAAGACAAUGCAGAAGGUGCCGACGGGGAGCUAGUUGGCGUGCUCGGAUUCAGCCAAGGGGGCAAGCUAGCGGCUAGUCUGUUGUACCGCCAGCAAAUCUGGGAGGAAAAAGGUUUGGAACUCCCUCUAGGGUUCAAGUUUAACUUCGCAGUGACGAUGGCCGGUCGAGAACCUGUCAUUGCCUUGGGCCCUAAGGAGAUUUAUGCCCCGAAUGUGCUGCCAGAUGCAGGGGAGAUCAGCAGCCACGGUGGCGUGGCAGUGUCAGUUGUCCAGAAACUGAAGCUGCCGACAUUGCAUGUGCAUGGACUGUUGGAUGAGGGUCUGCCCCUGCACCAAGGACUUCUCGACAACUGGUGUGAAAAGAGCUCUGCAAGUGUGAUGUCGUGGUAUGGGGACCAUCGUGUGCCUCUGAAGUCUCAGGAUAUUGAAACACUGGCCUGGGAAAUCAAGGAGGUUGCCCGACGGGGAGGGGUCAAAGUGCCUAAGCAUAACGAUGGUGAGUACGUUUGUGGAUUGAGACUUGUCCCGGUUAGUGAAUUUAAAGGAAAACAAGGUUUCGCUGAUCAGUGGGUUGGUGAUGGAGAAGACAACGAAAACAUUAAGGACACUGGUGACGGGAACAAUACUCGCGAUGCUGGGGCUGGUGCUUGA